CAAAUUCUGCGUCUCUCUUAAUACAAAAACACAGCAAAGCCAAUGUCAUCUUAUUGUCUCUCGGCCGAAAACCAUAAUUUUGCUCCCUUCUUUCUCUCACAUCAUCAACCCUUUGUGUUAGACUGAUAACACUUAAUUUUUCGAAAAAGAAUUGUCAACAGUAGCAAUUUUGGAUAUGGAAUCAGGAGGGAAACAAGGAAGUUCAGAUUCAAGCUAUGAAAAUGAUCGGAUCGAGCAAUUCAAGGAAGACACGGCGGCUACCAAACGCUCUUAUGAAUGCACUUUUUGCAAGCGAGGGUUCACCAACGCUCAGGCUUUAGGAGGGCACAUGAAUAUACAUCGGAAAGAUCGAGCCAAGGCCAAGCAAGUUACGAGUUCUUCGUUUUCAAACAGGGCCAUGGCUCUUCCUAUUAAUGAUGACUACAGGAACCCUAGAUAUAAUCUGCCGAUUUCGGGAGUUCCUGAGGCUCAAAAGAAUUCUCUCAUAUAUUACCCACCAUCGGUCUCUAGCUCUAGAUAUUCACGUGCUGAACCAUACGAUAGGGAGUUUCUUCUCCCAAGUUCGCAGUCUUUGAGCACAAAUGAAGAGCUUUUGGGUACAAAUUUGAGUUUGGGAAUCGGCCAUACGUGUGUAGAAGAUAAUCGGUUCAAGAGGAGAAUUAUGAAGGAAGAUGAACUGGAUUUGGAGCUUCGCCUUGGUCAUAAUCCGUGAUACGUACACUGCUCUCUCCAUAUUUCAAUAUACAUAAUUUACUUGUUAAUUAGUAUAUAGAAAAUAUAGUGCACAAAGAUGGAUUUCACUCGAUGAGUACUGUUUCAUUGAUUCCAACUGUGUUAUAUAAAACAGUAUAACUAUUUUCUUCCCUCAGAUAUAUAACUUAGGGAAGACUAUUAAAAGAAAGCACUCUAAUUUGAAAGCUUGGGAGGAAAGCCACUCUUGGUUCAAGAAAGCAUUGACUGCAGAUGAGGUGGUUAUAAUUGAAUGAAGUCCUAUGGCUAUCAGCUUCUUGUGGUAAGCAUAUAUUUAUGCUUUGCAUGGUGUGCUAAUUCAUUAAGUAGAAAGCCCGAACCAGAAGGCUCUCCAUGUUCCUUUGAUUUUCUGUGUAAAAAGGUGUGCUAAUUUAUAUUCAAUUUGUAAUCCAUACAGAAGUUUGAGAAGUUAGA